CGCACGCGCGCUGUGGGGCCGUCGGUUGGCGGGGCGAGGGGGCCCGGGGCGGCCUGAGGCGCCUCCAUGGAGCCCGCCUCCCCCAGGGAGGCCGCCAAGAACCGCUUCCGACACCUGCUGAAGACCCCUCUGAUGCAGAUGACCAAGGGGACCGUGGCCGUCCAUGCGGCGGGGGGGGCGGCGGCGGCGGAGGCGGCGGCGGCCGGGCCCAGCAAGGGACCGGGGACUUCCCCGUCCCCCGCCCCCGCCAAGGAGAAGCUGAGUCCGGGGCAAAAGCUGCUUAAGAUGCUGAAAUUUACUCUUAAAGGACCCCCGAAUAAAGAAGUGAAAGUAACCCCCGACGUGCCAGAUUUGGUGCCCUUUGGAGACGUGGUUGGCUGCCUCGCUGUUCAUAUUAAGCAGUGCAAAGAAUUUACAUCCAAAUUCCACAAGCACAGACGCUCGAAACUGGUGAUCCGCAUAGUCGUUAACAGAAUAGUCAAAUUCACAAAGCCCCGCCAUCUCCGAACGAAGACCAACAAGAAGAUCCCGGAGGUGAAGUUUGAUGAAGUCAGGUAUUUCUCGGUUCAGGUCCCCCGACGGCGAGAAGACGAGCGCAAUAAUAUAUCCGUGGAGCUGGUGGAAAUUGAAAGUUCCGGAAACCUCCGACUGCUGGGAUGUUUUAACAUUCACCUUUACGAAAUCAUCUGGAAAGGCAGCUUCACUGAAGAAUUUGAAAUGAAAGUGAAAAAUCUGGUUUUCUGCAAGGUGGAGAUGGCGUUUAUGUUCUGCUAUGGAAACUUUGGCUACGGCUUUUCCCACCAGUUGAAACCGUUUCCGAAACUAACCGAGCCGUCCAUGUUUAUCCGGGUUCCGCCGCCCCUGGAGAGAGCGGACCCCCUCAUGAACGUUAUCAUGCCCCAGCCGAUAGAAUACCCAGCAUUUCUAUCUUCAGAUUUGAAGGUGACCAUCGGGACCCUUGACAAAGAGAACCAAAUCUCGACCAAGUGUGUGCAGCUUGAAAAACUUCAGCAACAACCCCGAGACAGGCUGGACAAAAUGAAAAGUGAAUAUCGCAGUUUGAAGACCUGGGAAGAGAAAGCAAAUUACCUAGAUAGAAUUCUCAUUAUGAAAGCAGGACCACUUUCACAAAAAAUAAGUAAGGAGUGUCGCUUCCCGGGCAUAGUGGAAAGCAUCAGGUACCUUCCGACUUUUGAAGCGGCGAGCAUCUCUUCGAUGUCCUCAGAAGCCAGUGAAAUAGAGGAGGAUCUCACUUUUCUGACCGAGGAGAAAGGGGCUCCUUCUGAGAGUCAGUCGCCUCUGGGGGAACAGAGCCAGGAACCGGACACCUCAGGCCCCACUUCUCAAGAAAAACUUCACCCCAGAGAACCAGUCUCGGCGGUCGCCUCCCGUUCUUCCUUAACCGCCGGUUCUUCGUCUUCAAAAAAACUGGCGGAGAAAGAUCGGUCCCGCGGAUCUUCCGAAAAGACAAAAGUGAAAGUCAGACCCAGGACCGCGGAUGAUCAGAGCAGUGGCGCAGAUCGAUCCAGUCGUUCUCUGGAGUCGGAGACCAAGAUGACGGGCAGCUUGACGAGCCGAGAUACGGACGGUGCCGCAGAACAAAAAAUCGCGGCCUCAGAGGAACCCCUGGUCAGUUGGGACUAUUUUGAGUCCUUUCAGCAGAACCUGAAAGAAAUACUAGUGGGGGAGAGGAGAGGCACGGAAAAGCAAGAUGGACCCGUCCAUGCCCGUUUGAGGAAAAGUACUCUGACCGCGGAAGCGAUGGAGCACGAGGACCAAGACCCCCCCGGCCCGCCGGACCCCUCCGGGACGGCGACGGAAACCCCGGAGACGUCUCGCUGGGAGCGCGUCCCCGCCCCUUCCCAGGAAGAGCCUCCGGACCCCGGGACGGACUCAUCGGGGGAAGCCCCGAUCGGCGAGGAGGAAUCCGCCUCCGACGUUUCCGCCUCGGGUGUCGGAGCGGAAUCGCCCCUCGUGAUGGAUACGACUCUGAGCGCGGAAGAGCCGGGUUCUUCAGAGGGCAGCCUGUGGCGAGCCCAAGUGAUGUUAUGUCCGGAUUCUUACUUAAAUAAUCUUCAAGGCCAGCUUCUGGAGAGGCUUCAGGAUCUAUUUAUCAUGAAAUCGUUUUUAAAUAAAAGUCUCCAGGGCCUUCUGGUGGCUGUGUUUUCGCCGACGGCGGGAAAGCCGGAGGAAGGAGAUCAUUUCCCCGGCGUGCUAGAGAAACCCCCGGAUGGUUGGGGAAUCAAGCUGGUCGAGGAAAGUCAAGAUCGCCGCGGAGGCCGGUUUUCGGGGACGGACGUUCCGAGGCUGACCCUCGGAGACGUUCCCCGAGAGGCCCCCUUAGAAAGCGGGCUGACCGAAGCCGGGGAGGCAGAGAAGGAAGAGGCCGGCUCCUCCUCCCCGCACCCCGAAGAACGGCAGCCCGGGGAAGACAGGCCCAUUCCGAGAAAGAGCAGCUCCAAAAAGAAACAUUUAGAAAGCCCGGCCGUCGACCCGGAGCCCCUCCCCAGCCCGGACCCCCGAGGCCGACUCACGGAGUCGCCAACCGGGACGGGCUCGGUCAGCGAGACGGACCCGGAAGGGAAAAGCGCGACCUCGUCGGAGCCGGGAUCCGGAACGCAGACGCCGGGGAAGCGGCGGCGUCCGGACAUCCCGGAGAAGGUGCGGGAGCCCCGGGAGGGAGGCCGUCCAGAAACAGACGAGGCGGGCCCAGCCGUUCUAAACCAGAUGCUGCAGGAGCUGCCCAUAGAGGUCCUCUUAGAAACCGGCCUGAUAAAAGUCGUGGAGUUGGACCAGAGAGAACCUCCAGGUGAAGAAGCUCCCGGUUCGGUUCCGGAGAAGAGCCUCCCCGAGAACAGAUCCGAUUAUUCCUUCGAGAACCCUUCCGAGGUGACAAGAGCCCGAGUAGAAUUUCCGCUGGACGAGGAGCCCCUCCCUGAGCCGAGCCCCAUUUUCGAACGAGAAGACGCGGGCCGAGACCCCGACAGAGCCCGCGAUGGGUCGCCGGCGGAGGGGGAGGCCGACCCGCCUCAGAAGGAGCAAGGGGCCUGCAGAGAGGCGAUUUCAGAAGGACAGGAUCUCGGGUCCUCUAUCACUGACUUGUCCAACAACCUCACGGCGAACCUUUCUGACCCUGACGGGAAAAGUUUAACAUCCCUUCUAGGCCAGAUCCUUCAGAGCUGUGUCACCGAGGCUCUUUUGGGGCCAGAGCAAAAAGCCGAGGCCCGGGAGCCCCCCGGUUUUCCCCUGCCAGGCGAUCGAGGAAGCCUCGAGUCGGGUGGGCCGGAAAAUAAAAGAGGCCAGCCGAGGAAGACCGUUAGGACCAGAGACGGAUUAGGCCCGAGGCCCGCCCUAAGCGAGAGCCUGCCGGAGCCACUCGGGAGACCCCCGCCAUCCGAAGAGGGAAGACGGGAGUCUGAAACGAGCAAGCACCCGCGGGACCGUCUCGCCGGAAGACCGACAGAGCCGGGAGAGACCGCCGACGCGGAUGCGGAGAAGGCUUUCCGGGCCCACCCUCCGGUGAACGCGAAAACCAGGCCCCCCGGAUCUCUCGAGACGGAUGUCCCCCUUCGAGGGCCGGUUCAUUUCACGGAGCCAUUUGCAGAAAUAGAAAAGGAAAUCCAGUCCUUUUUAAACGAGGCCCAUCGUCCCCUCGCGGACAGACGUUUGGCAUCGGACCUGAGGUACUUGAAGUCUUUCUUAGGGGAGAUUCUCGAGUGUCACCUGCACGAGAAGCUCUUCGGAACCGGGACGACCGCCAAGAGGGAGCCAGAGGAGCUGCUCCAAAAUCCGUCGUCGUCGAGAGGGAAGGGCGGCCUGGCAGGUGCCCUUCUCGGAGGUCGACGAAGCCCCCCCGGCGGCAGUUGGGCGGAGACCGACCGCGGAGGCCCGAAACCCGCGUUAAGCCGAAGCCUGCAAGAUCUCCUUUCCGUUCUCUCCGAGAAGGAAAUCCUAAAGCUGAAAUCCGGUUUGAGCAAAUACCUCCAAGAUCUCUUUCUGGAAAGACUGUCCCGGUCGGGGCUCCUCACCGAGACGGAACUGGGGAAGAUCCGUCGUAACCUCUCUCGGAUGAACCCCGGGGGCCCGGCCCCGAAGUCGUCGGAUCUCGCCCCUCUGCCGGCCAGGGGGCCCCCCAGAAGGGAGAGCAGAAACGCCGAAAGCCCGAAAAAGCCCCCGCGGGACCCGCCCCUGGAGAAGCCCUCGUCGACCGGGCUCGUCAGAGAGACGGAGAGGGAAGGGCAGCCUUUCUCGUGGCGCCACCCGAGAGGGAAGUCGCCGGGCCCGAGGGAGGAGAAGCGGGGCCCGCCUCCCCGGGAGGGCGCUUCCAGACCGAGCCUGACCGCGGCAGGACCCGUUGCGAGGAGAGGGGCGCCGGAGCCUCCGGCCGGGACCCCCGCGGAACCGCUGGCGGGCGCGGCGGUGCCGCCGCGCCGAGAACGCCGAGAGCGAGGCCGGGUCCAGCUGCGGCGGGAAGCCGGGCCCGCCCCUCCGCUCUGGGCUCGCCAGGCAGAGGGAGCCCCCUCGGGGAGAUCCCUCGAAAUCAAGUCCCUCAGUCAGGAGCGGCUCCAUCUCUACAACGUGACGGUGAGGGCGGGCGCCGAGGGGGUCCCCCCGCCCGCCCUCGGGGCCCCUGACCCCGGCGUCCGGGCGGCCCUGCGGGAGUGCCUGCCCCGACUGGCGCCGUCCUGGAUGAACGUCAACAUCUUCGCCAGUCUGAGUUCCAGGGGCGUUCCCCACGGACCGCACCAGCUGUGGGGGGGGAGAGGGAGAGAAAAGAAGAGAGCCCAGGGCCCGGGCGCCCAACCCGGCCCGGGCCCCAACCCGGCCGCCCCGAGGAAGACGGUGCCGUCCGCGCAGUACCGGAAGGAGAUCCGGCCGGUCGCCAUCAGGCUCAGGGAGACCUGCCGGGAGAGAGGCGGCGGCGGCGCCGUCCGGAUGGCUUCCGGACCCGGCCUCCGAGACGCCGAGGGGGUCGAGUGGGUCACCUUCCCAGAUGUGCUCAGGGGGGAGGCCCCCAGACCCAGAGUUCCCGGGGAGAGAAAGUGGGAAGGGAAGGACGUAGGGAAUGGCAGGGCCGGGGCGCCGGGGUCCCUCCCCGCCCCUAAGCCCCCGGGCCCGACCCCCGCGAAAGCGCCCCGAGGAAAAACCGACUCCAAGACGCUGCCGCGGGUCUGGAGCGCGCGGAGGAACCCGCCCGUGGUUUGUUGUGCCCCCGUUAGAAAGGACGACGCGGAUAGGGCCACGGUCCACCAUCUCGAAAGGGCCAAAAGAAGAGCAAAACUUGAUUUGGGAAAGUUCCCAGAGGACGCGCCCGACGGCCUCCCCGGCCCGGCGAGACCCAACGCCGCUUCCGACCCCACCCGGCCGAAGAGGGAGCCGGGCUCGGGGAAGGCCCCGGCCCCCGGCGCCCCGCCUCCGGGAACGCCGGCUGGCCCGGCGAGCCCGACCGCCGUCUCGGGCGCCGACGGUCCGGAUGACCGGAGAGGACGGUUAGAACGGAACCUGGAGAAGUGCUCCGUGGUCUGUGAGAUCCUUCACCUGUUGAAUGAAAAUCUCAAGUCCAAAGACUAGGGGCGUCGAGACGGCUCGCGUGCGCGUCUCCCCGCCGCGACGCUGGCGGGCCCUCUUCCCCGCCCACCGGCCACGAGGUGUCGUCUCGUCACCCCCCCCGUACCGCUUUUGUCGGAAUGGAAAAAUAAAGGCGUCCCGGCACGCGGCCGUUUGAA